AUGCAACUGCAACGUCAAUGGCUACAAUUGGAUAUUUGGCGAACGAAUAAUGAAAAGCGCAAGGAAAAAUCACGCGACGCGGCUCGUUGCCGUCGUUCACGCGAAACGGAAAUUUUCAGUGAGUUAGCCCAGAUUCUACCGCUUCGCAAAGAGGACGUAAACCAAUUGGACAAGGCAUCUGUAAUGCGCAUAGCCAUAGCCUACUUGAAAGUUCGUGAAAUGCUGCAGUUGUUCCCGAAAAUCCAAGAUAUUAUUGGUGAAUUGAAAUCAGACGAUGAUAUUGAUGAAAACUCCAAUAGUGGCAGUCAAAUUUCUGACUCUUCAGCGAAACAAGCUAAUGAAAAGUUCGAUUUUCUUAAAUGCGCCGAGGCAAGCCAGUUCAUUAAACAGACCUUAGACGGCUUCCUGCUUGUACUCUCAAAUGAUGGCGACAUUACCUAUGUUUCGGACAACAUCACUGAUUAUUUGGGCUUAGCAAAGAUUGAUCUACUUGGCCAACAAAUCUGGGAAUACAGCCACCAAUGUGAUCAUGCCGAACUCAAAGACGCACUCAACAUAAAGCGCAGUGGUCGUACUGACAAAAUUAAAGAUGAGAAUAUGAUUGAAGAAAGACUAUCUACAGACCAUCGCGACCUUUUCGUGCGCUUUAAAUGUACAUUAACCAGUCGGGGACGCAGCAUCAACAUAAAAAGUGCUUCUUACAAGGUUAUUCACAUUACUGGCCACCUGGUGGUCAACGCAAGUGGUGAUCGUGUGCUGGUCGCUAUCGGAAGACCAAUACCACAUCCAUCCAACAUCGAAAUUCCACUGGGUAGCACAACGUUCUUGACAAAACAUUCGUUGGAUAUGAAAUUUACAUAUGUGGAUGAGAAAAUGCAAAAUGUUUUCGGCUACAAAGCCGAAGACCUACUAGACCAAUCUCUCUUUGCCUGCCAUCAUGGAGGGGACUCUGCCAAGUUAAUGGCAACAUUCAAGACCGAGAGUAAUGUCGAAUAA